AGAGGUCAAAGCAUACAGCCUAGGAUCUUAUGUCCGAGAUGGUCCAUAGGUCCGAUAAUCUCGUGGAAUACAUCUUAGUACAUUACAGAUGGGUUUUUGUGUGUUUAUUUCUGCUGCCGGUGUCUUUCGUGUUCAAUAUUUGGCUGUACCUAAGGAAUUGGCUGGUCUUGAAACUGAGCAGCGCUCCCCAACAGCAUAAUAACAAAGUGAAACACGUGCAGAAACAGGUUUUAAACUGGGAUGAAAAUGGCCGUAAAACCAAAAUGUGUACAGCCAGGCCAGGUUGGCAAACUAUGUCAUUCAGGACACCGGUAUAUAAGAAUUACAUGACCAAAAUCGAAGUGAAUCUUGUUGACAUUUUGAACAUUGAUGCUGUGAGACAGGUGGUAAAAGUGGAACCACUAGUAACGAUGGGUCAGCUGACAGCUACCCUGAACCCAAAGGGUUGGACCAUUCCAGUUUUACCAGAAAUAGACGACCUAACCGUUGGAGGGUUAGUAAUGGGGACCGGUAUCGAAUCUUCCUCUCACAUCCACGGGCUAUUCCAACACAUUUGUGUAUCAUAUGAGCUAGUUGUGAGCGAUGGUAGCGUGGUCAAAUGCUCAGCGAAUGAGAAUUCCGACUUGUUUUGGUCGGUACCAUGGUCCUAUGGAACGUUAGGUAUACUGACCGCGGUGGAGAUCAAGAUGGUACCUGCCAAAAAAUACGUAAGACUGACCUAUGAACCUGUGACUGGUUUGGAGAAUGUUGUCAAGAAGUUUGAGGAGGCUAGUAGGAAUCUGGAAAAUGAGUUCGUAGAGACCCUGGCAUAUGGGAUGGACGCUGCUGUGGUGAUGAUCGGAGUACAAACUGAUGAACCUGAGCCAGGAAAGAUCAACUCAAUUGGUAGGUGGUACAAACCAUGGUUCUUCGUCCACGUCAGAGAUAAACUCCAAAGUACAAAUAAAACUGUAGAAUACAUACCCUUGAGGGAUUAUUAUCACAGACAUACCAGAUCGAUAUUCUGGGAAUUACAGGAUAUAAUACCAUUUGGUAACAACGUCAUCUUCAGAUACCUUCUAGGGUGGCUGGUACCACCAAAAGUGUCUCUCUUGAAGCUGACCCAAACAGAAGCAACUAAAAAGUUGUACGAGAACAAUCACGUGAUACAGGACAUGCUAGUCCCGGUUGAAAAUCUGCCAGAAAGUAUGAAGAUUUUCAAGGACACCUUCGACAUUUUCCCGAUUUGGCUGUGCCCUUUUAUACUGCCACCUAAUCCAGGAAUGGUACACCCUGCGUCUAUGGAUACGGCGAAGCUUUACGUAGACAUCGGGCUGUAUGGCGUUCCUCGAGUGAAAAAUUUCGAUCCAGAAAUUAGUACGAGAAAAAUCGAAAAAUUCAUUCGUGAAGUCCAUGGAUUUCAGAUGCUUUAUGCAGACACGUAUAUGACCAAAGAAGAAUUCAGGGAGAUGUUCGACCACUCUCUCUACGACAAGUUGAGAAGCCAGUUGAAUUGUCGUGAAGCAUUCCCGGAAGUUUAUGACAAAGUGUCGAAAGCUGCCAGAAAUUAAUCACCAAGAUGAUAAAAUUUCAUUAUGCUAUGAUUUUAUUAGAUCAGAUGAAAUUAGAUUCAAUUUGAGGGUUGUGGAACUAGGAUUGUGAAAACCUACCAAAUAGUAUUAUUCUUGCUCACUUGUAUUUUAGAAAGUAGGAUUUUAGAACUUCAUAAAUUUCGAAUAAAUAUCGAAUGACCGUUUUACCUGGAAAACAAUUGUUAUACCAAUAAAAUAGAAGGUAUUAUCAAU